UUCUCCAAAUGGAUUGAUUGGCAUCAAACAUUACUGAAGAACAAAAUGGCACAGCCUUGGGCGAUGAGCAAGUACAGGCAAAUCGGCUUCUUGAUGGAAGCUGGCCAAGACGUCGAUCCCAAUGAGUACCUAACCAACCCGACUAGGAUUAACAAUCUUCUCAGGGAAGGUGUUGAUUACAAAGACAAGAAGAAGAGGUAUUGGAUUGACGAUCAAGACCGAGACUGCUUCGCAAUCUAUGCAAAGGGACUCAACAUCACCAACAGCGAUAGACCUGUAUAUUGGCAGUGGUUAACUGACAGCGAUGGCAACGAAAUGGCAAAAGUGGUGAAGACGAGGUGGCUAGAAGUCAGGGGGUCGUUUUGGACGAUGAAUCUUUCGCCGAACGUUCUGUACAAAGUCGCGUUCAAGCUGAAGAUGGCGACAUCCUCGAGCACCAUGCUGGGGCAGACGGUGAACCUGAAACUGAGUCUCCCUAACGGGACCUACCAAGAGAAGCAGGCAAUUUUGCCCGGUUCCCACGAUUUUUGGGAGGAGCUGGAGGUCGGGCAAUUCACCAUGACAGCUCAGAAUGUGGGCAAGAUGGAAUUUGGCAUGGAGCAAUUGUUCGGAAGAUGGAGGGACGGGCUCAUCAUCAAGAGCGUUCAGAUCAAGGCCGCGUAAUCACAAGCAGUUAUAUACACAAUAAUGAGCAAUUGCGGAGGAAUUGCCUUCUUGGAAGAGACUAUAGUGAUAUUUGUGUAUGGCCGCGCAUGUGUGUUUGUGUGAGCUUUUCUUAGCAAGCAAUAAAUAAAUGAAAACUCGAUCACUCAUGUGUAAGAAUGUAUUUCUAUUACCGGACCCCGUUCUCUUAUCUAUUGGUCUACCUAUCUAUCUAUAUUACAUUACUAACCAUUCAUGAGAA